UCGCACUAUAUUACCCUCUUUUCUAGGACCAAAGAUAUCUUUUGGUCAUUUUGCAUUUUCCCGUUAUAUUUGGGGAUUUCUAAUCUGGAUGGACAAUUGCCAACACAGGAAAGGCUGGUGAAACGCGGUUUUUUUUAAACAGGACCGCCGCCGCCGAGUCCCUUUUGCGUUCCCAGAAGAGCUGCCACUACCUAAAAAGGACAUUAUAUUAUUUGCAUUGAUCGGACAUUUAGUUAUCUCAGUGUCCUGAAUUGUUGAGCGAUUUCUUUGUAAUUGUUUUGUGGGUUGUUUCGGGGAAAUUUGGUUUGAAGGCUCAAUUUGACGUGCGCAAUUUGUUUUGGGGAAUGAAUGAAUGGAGCGCGCCUAGCUUGUUAACUCACCAGAACAGCGAUUAUAUAAACCUUAACACAAGUGUUUGGAUCCUUGUACCUUUAUUUGAUACAACGUCCUGGGAUUAUAGCGUGAACGAUCCAUGUUUACCUUUUGUCAUUUAACUCAUGUCCACUGCAUUGCUUGCCAGCGUAGUAUAGCCUAAAUGAAAUAGCCUCCCCACACCUUUUGAUGCGUCUUGUAGCCCUCUCUCUUGGAAGGUAUUAGAGAGCGUUUGUAACACCAUCAAUCAAUUCACACCUCAUCACACUCCCAUUUACCCUCCUUUGUGUACUUUGAGCAGGUUAAUCCAUGGACGUGCCCACCUGAGUACCAUCAUACUUGUCUAACCAAUAACCUAAAUAAUCAUAAUUUGUAAUGCAAAUACUGUAUUCUUGCAGCUGAUUGGGUAAAAUGGACUCCAGGAUGCCAACACUCUGCAGGUGUAUCAUGUUAUCAUAAGGACAGACUGUUCUUUGGUUAUAUACAUUUCUUUAAACUGAAGGGAAGAUUGAGAAGAUUUCUUUGGCACAGCAGAAGUCUGAAAUGACAGAACCACUACCAGUGAAGGAGAUCAAAGAAGAUGAGUUUGACUAUUUCCUCCACAAACAUAUUUUGGCCAGUACAUUGGAAGAUAAGACUGUAUUGGAACCUUGUUGUAGGACUGAGACACAAACAUCAUCUACCUGCAGAGAAGAGGAAUUCACACCAGUGGAAAUGAUCGAGGAAAACAAUUCUGAUUCUGGAGAUCAUGGCCAUGAUGACUCCUCUACUACAAACCCCCAGUCUCUGGCCCAGAUGAAGAGGCUCUCAGUGGUGCUGGUGGACUGCUGUAGACCACAAGGACCGCGAGGGACGGACAUGCAGGAGCAGACCGACGGAGAUGAUUCAGAACAGCCCAAGACCAAGCCCGCAUCUCUGGCCCAGAUGAAGAGGCUAUCAGUGGUGCUGGAUUGCUGUAGACCACAAGGACAGCGAGACAAGAACAUGCAGACCAAUGGAGAUGCAGAACAGCCUGAGACCAUUGUUGAAAGGAUCGCAAAUGGGAAGAGUUUCAAGAGGGGGUCAGAUCUUAACCCACAUCAAACAACACAUAGUGGACAAAAGCCAUAUCAGUGUUCUACAUGUGGGAAGGGUUUCAAAACCAGCAGAAACCUCACUGUACAUCAGAGAAUACAUACUGGAGAAAGGCCAUAUCACUGUUCAGAGUGUGGAAAGACUUUUGCUCAAGCAGGUAACCUCAAGACACAUCUGAGGAUCCAUACUGGGGAAAAGCCAUAUCAGUGUACUAGAUGUGGAAAGAGUUUCAGAACCAACAUAGAGCUCACUUUCCAUCAGAGAACACACACUGGAGAAAGGCCAUAUCAGUGUUCAGUGUGUGAUAAGACUUUUGCUCAGUUGUCUAAUUUCAAGACACACCAGAAAAUCCACACUGGGGACAAGUCUCAUCACUGUUCAGAUUGUGGAAAGACUUUCACUCAGGUGGGUAAUCUCAAGAGACACCAGAGGAUGCAUACUGGAGAAAAGCCAUAUCACUGUUUAGUGUGUGGAAAGACUUUUACCAAUGCAGGUAGUCUCAAGACACAUCUGAUGAUCCAUACUGGGGAAAAGUCAUAUCGGUGUACUGCAUGUGGGAAGAGUUUCAGAACCAACAGAGAGCUCACUGUCCAUCAGAGAAUACAUACUGGAGAAAGGCCAUAUCAGUGUUCAGAGUGUGAUAAGACUUUUGUUCAGUUGUCUACUUUAAAGACACACCAGAAAAUCCAUACUGGGGCAAAGUCUCAUCGCUGUUCAGAGUGUGGAAAAACUUUUACUCUGUUGGAUAUUCUCAAGGCACACCUGAUGACGCAUACUGGAGAAAAGCCAUAUCCCUGUUCAGAUUGUGGAAAGACUUUUGCUCGGUCGGGUAUUCUCAAGGCACACCAGAGAAUCCAUACACGGUAGUCCUUCGCUAGAAAGUCUUUUGUAAUUAAAUAUUAUUAAAUGAUGUAAUUUCCAGGUACAUCAGAGGAUCCAUU